AUGUAAUAAUAUAAUUUGUUUACGUGUUAAGAUAUUGCACAUGAAGGAGAAGUUAUAUAAGGAUUUUGUUUAAAUUUUGGAUGCUAAGAUUUAAGAUCUUAGUUUUGUCUUUAAUGUGGAUUUGAUCCAAAAAAACAUACUAAUUGUAAGAAAGAUCUAAAAGGAUUUGGUUAAAUUUAGAGUUUUAUCACUAAAUUCAAUUAGUAUAUAAUUGAUUUGACUAUUUAAUUAAAUAAAUCCUAUUCAUUAAUCAAAACAAAAUAUGAAGAAUUCACAAAAUAUUUGGAUAAUAUGAAAAUAUAAUUACUUAAGAUAUCUGAAGAUUUAAAUAAAUAAGAUUAUAAAUAAAUCAAAGAUAAUUUGUAAAUAUUAAAGGAAUGGUAUUAAUAUUCGAAUAAUCAAGAAGAGAUCAUGAAGUAGAAUUAAAUUGGUAUUUUAUCAUAAGUUAUAUUUAUAGGAACUUAAUUACUUAGUAUAAAAAGAAUGAUCGAAACUUUGGAUUUAGACAACAAAUAAUAAUAAUAAAUUAAAAGUAUAUAUCAAGAUAAUCAAAUAACACUUGAAUAAGGUAUUUAAUUUAUUCAAAAUUAAAUUAGGAAUAUAAUUAUUAAAUUAACAAAAAUGGUAGGAAGCUAAUGAAAAAAUAACUAAAUAUUUAAAAUUAUUAGAGAAACAAUUAUCAUUUGCAGCAUUGUUUUAAGGUAAUCUCAAAUCAUGUAUAUAAUUAAUUAAGGUAUCUCUUUAAUCGAAAUGAAUCAAUUUGGAAAAGGAAUUAGAAUGAGAGAAUAAGCCAAGAAGAUUAAUAAUAACUUAUAUAGAGAUUUAUUGGAGUAUUCAGAUUUGGAACUUAAGAAAAAUCCAAAAAAUUAAUUUAUUUUAAUUGCAAAAAGUUAAUACAUUCAAUUAUUUUUACAGGCUAUGCUUUAGAUGAUGAAAAGAAAUAUCAAAUAGCCAUUGAGUAAUGCGAAUAGGUUUUAAUAGAAGAACCUAACCAUCUCCAUGCAUUAUAUAGAAAAAGUAAACAUUUAUUUUUAUAAAUAGGUUUUGCUUUAUCAAAUUUGAAGGAAAAUUAAUAAGCGAUUUAAUGCAUUGAUAUUGCUUUAAAUUAUGAUUCUAAAUAUAUUGUUGGAUAUAACAGAAAGGGUAUAUUAUUAGUUUAUGAUUGGAAUAGGUUUAUCAUUAGAUAAUCUCGGGAAAUAUAAUGACGCAAUAGUUUAUUAUGACAAGGCAAUCCAGCUAGAUCCUAAUGAUGCAUUGACUUAUUAUAAUAAGGGUUAUUAAUUAAUUUAUUGUAAUAGGUAUAUCAUUAGAUAAUCUUAAAAAAUAUAAUGAUGCAAUAGUUUGUUAUGACAACGCAAUUCAACUGGAUCCUAAUUUUGCAUUUACUUAUAACAAUAAGGGUUAUUAAUUAAUUUAUUGUAAUAGGUAUAUCAUUAAAUAAUCUUAAAAAAUAUAAUGAUGCAAUAGUUUGUUAUGACAAGGCAAUCCAACU